CAAAGUUGACUUCGUCGCGGACCAGACCGGACCGAACCCAUUCCGGCACGACACGCGACCCUGAAUUAGAAAAUUAUCCAAUCUCGGACUAAUUUAAUUUAAAAAAUUAAAGAACAAAUGAAAAUGUUACCCAAAAAGUGCGCCAUUGAUUGCUGGAUAUUUGUGGGCCUCGUCCUGGAAUUAGUGCACGGCAAGCUGGACUUCAACAACGAUCUGGAGAACAGCCAGAAGUUCCAGAGUAUUCCAACUACAGUGAAAACAUUCGAAAACGAUACAGUCCUGCUGCCCUGCAGCUUGAAUACUCCAUUCCGAUACGUGCGCUGGCACCGAGACGAUGUGGCCCUAGUGGACUCCCGGCACCCGGAGAUUCUGCCCCCAGACCGCAUCAUGCUCUGGCCCAAUGGCAGCCUGCAGGUGGCGAACGUACAGUCGGAGGACACCGGGGACUACUACUGCGAGAUGAACUCGGACUCGGGCCAUGUGGUGCAGCAGCACGCCAUCGAGGUGCAGCUGGCGCCCCGCGUCCUAAUCGAACCCAGCGGAUUGACGGAGCUGCAGAUUGGAGCCACCUUCGAGGUGGUGUGCGAGGCCCAGGGCGUGCCCCAGCCGGUGAUAAGCUGGCGACGGAAUGGACAUACCCUGGGUCUCCAAGGUAGCAGCACGGGCAACCGGCAGAGCCAUGUCACGGAGAUCAAGUCGCGGAGUCAAUCGGGUCUGAUCGAGUGCCUGGCCAGCAAUGGCGUGGGGGAGCAGGCCGUCGCUUCCGUCUAUCUACAUGUGCUGUUUACCCCCGAGGUGAAUCUCCCCCAAUCGGUGGUCUAUACCAAGCUGGGGGCGCGUGCCCAUCUUGAGUGCAUUGUGGAGGCGGCGCCGGCGGCUACGGUAAAGUGGUUCCACCACGGCCUGCCCGUGGCCUUGGGCACACACUCGUCCAGCCACGAGACCGAGCUGCAGUCCAACCGCUCCCUAGACCACUACGUGAACGACGUCCGCCACCUGCUGGUGAUCAAGAACGUGCGCAAUGCGGACAUGGGCCAGUACGAGUGCCGAGCAACCAACAGGAUCGGUGCGAGGAGUGCCAGCAUUGAGCUGACCGGCCGGCCCAUGCCGUGCAUCUUCAAGAUUAAUCCGGGCACCCAGAGCUCCACGUCGCAUGUGCUGGUGUGGCAGACGGAGAGCCUGAUGCCCAUCAUGGAGUUCAAGCUGAAGUUCCGCCAGAUCCCGUCCAACAAUGUCACCAGGCAGAUACGAACCAACUGGACAGAGCUCACGAUCCCUGCCCAGGCCACAAAUGGACUCAUCUACAUCACCACGUAUACGCUGCAUGGCCUCCAGCCGGCCAGUCUCUACGAGGUCUCCGUCCUGGGGAGAAACAGUUUCGGAUGGAGCGACAAUAGCAAAAUCGUACGCUUCGCCACGGGUGGAGAGGUCGAGCUGCCCAACUAUUCAACGGAAUCUGAGCUGCUGAACGAUGUCACCGAGGAGGAAGACAUCCAGAAUGAAAUUACCCAGAGAUCGGAUACUCUGCGGGCCAGCAUGAUGUUCAAUUCGGGAUCAGCUGAGGGCCGUGGGCUCAGUGGGGCCUUGAUCUAUUCCAUAUGCCUAAUAUUAGUCUUCAAAUACCAGUAGGAAUCCAUAAUUCAUAAUGCUUUUGUACUGAACCAAAUAAAUGAGUAUCACCAAAUUCUUGAGAA